AUUGACUCGACACACUUCCUUUCCCAGGCAGGAUGAAACUUCAGCGACACUUCUUCUCGUUUAUUUGACGGUGUUGGUUUAGACUACGUGCUAUUCGCUAGUUCCGGUUCGUCCUCCAUUUUAAAAUGUCCCCGCCUUCGAAGCGUCUGCCUUGCUGUUUGUUGCUUUGAUGUGAAGUUUGGAGUGGUUCCUGUUCGUGUUCCUAUCACAAGUCCAGCUGAGCCCAGAGUCGAUUCAACCAUGGAGCCAAGUGGUGCCGGGCCGGCACUUGGACCUGGCGCAGAGAAACCCGCGUUGACCCCCGCAGGAGCGAAGAACCAGGGCGGUUCGCGACUGAAAGUUAAACCCAAGUCUGGUCCGAGAGGUGUCGGUCCGGUCGGGAAAGGACCCAAACUGAGGCCAGCCGUUGGGAAACUGUUGGUUGCACCGGGGAGUUGGACUGCGGGCACGUUAGGCCACCUCGGUUCUCCAAGCCCGGUUCAGGUCCGGCUCGAAACAGGUCCCCUUCAGAGGCCAGCUGUGGAUCCACCUUCAGCCAAGCCGGCUGUGAGGAAGAUGGUGAAAGACAACCAAAAGCAGAAGGACCCUCAGCCAGAUGAAGGAGGAAAAGAGAAACUUCAAGAAGCUCUCAGCCCUGACAAACCUCAGCCAUCCACCAAGAAGAAGAAGAGGAAGAUGGGGCAGUACGACCUGAUUCCUAAGAAGAAAUGCAAACCUGGUGCACUGCAGGUGCAGGUGGAACAGAGGGAGAACCCUGCCGUCAGUCCUGAGGACCGUCAGGCUCCACCUGAGGAGACUCAAGUUGGACCGAGUGAGGCCGUCAAAGAACCGGCCCACGAAAGCGGGCCGGAGGCACAGACUGAGCGACCGUGCGGCCAGUUUGAAUACACGGAACUGGCGCUGGAAUGUCUGGACCUCAAGGCUCAGGAGAGGCUCCUCUCCCCGCAGCAGUCAGGUCUGCCUGCGCUGAGUGACGCCACAGAGAGCGACCUGGCAGAAGAGUUACCGCUCUGCUGCUGCCGCAUGGAGACGCCCAACACCAAAGGGGUUCUGACUGCGCCGGACCAGACCUGCAUGGCCAUGGAGAGCCGAGAUGGAAUGCUCAGUCGCUGCCAGAAAACGGUUACGAAGCAGGAAAUGAUGCGACCUUCCAAUGCAGUACACCUGCUGGUGUUGUGCGACGAUCACCGGGCGGGCAUGGUGAAGCACCAGUGCUGCCCCGGCUGCGGCCUGUUCUGCAAGGCGGGAACGUUCAUGGAAUGCCGUCCGUACGGGACCAUCUCCCACCGCUUCCACAGUGACUGCGCCUCCGUCCUGAAGGACCGCAGGUUCUGCCCCCACUGUGGCGAGGAGGCCAGCGACAGAAACAAGGUCGUGGUGCCCAACCCCGAGUCGUCGCCGUCGGUGCCGCGGUCGGACCGAGAGUCCCGCCUCCCUGCUGUGCCUCCUGUCGCCUCACUGCCUUCAGUGUCCACCUCUCCUGCUGUUCCUCAGAUCCUCAGAGCCAAGAAGUCUUGUGAGCCUCUGAGGAGCCGGGAGCAGAGCCCAACCAGAUCGAAGGACGAAGAUAAUGGAGCGCCGAAAGAGUCUCUGGAAAGCAUCCUGAUGGCACUGGAUGAUGACACGCUGAAACCAUCAAAGAAGGUGAAGUAUCCCAGCAGGCAGCUCUACGUCUCUGCCAAACAAGGCGAGCUCCAGAAAGUCAUUCACCUCCUGGUUGAAGGUCAGGACCCUAACUUUGUGAUGGACGGUCAGAGCAAAAGAAGGCCUCUUCAUGAAGCUGCUGCUGAGGGCCACCAGGAGGUCUGCCACAUGCUGGUCCAGGCAGGAGCCAACUUGGAGAUGUGUGACGAGGACUACAGAACACCUCUGAUGGCAGCGUGUGAAAGCAACCAAGUGGACACAGUCAAAUACCUCAUCAGAGCUGGUGCCGCCAUAAACCACAAGGACAUCAUGGGUUUCUCUUCACUUCAUCUGGCUGCGAAACUGGGGCAUUAUGAAGUGGUGGAGGUGCUGCUCUCCAAGGCCUCCAAGUACAUCAACUGCCAGGAUGACGGGGGGUGGACCCCCAUCACCUGGGCCAUUGAGUACAAGCACAAGGAAGUGUUCAAGCUGCUGCUGGCCAAGGGGGCGGACGUCAACGUCAGAGACAAGGAGCAAAAUGUCGCCCUCCACUGGGCAGCUUUGGCUGGCUGUGAUGACAUCUUACUGGCCCUACUGGAGGCUCGCGGUGACCUCAACGCCAUCAAUAUUCAUGAAGACACGCCGCUGCAUGUGGCUGCCAGAGAGAACAACCUGGAGUGUGUGACGUUGUUGCUGUCUCGUGGAGCUGACGUCCUCCUGAAGAACAAGGAGGGACACACACCGCUAGAGUGCUGUGUGUAUGGCUCCAAGGGUUGGGUGGAGGUAUACACCAGCCGCAAGCUGCUGGAUGCCCGGAGGAGUCGGGAGAAGCUGGGAGAGCAAGUGCUGAGCAGGGAUAUUUCUCGAGGGUAUGAGGCGGUUCCGAUCAUGUGUGUCAACGGGGUGGACAGUGAGCCGUACCCCAGCUCAUUUAAGUACAUUCCAGAGAGCUGCGUCACCUCCACCAUCAACGUCAACAAAGACAUCACUCACCUCCAGCACUGCAGCUGCACCGACGAUUGCUCCUCGGCCACUUGCACGUGUGGUCAGUUAAGUCUGCGGUGCUGGUACGACGAUGAGGGUCGACUCCCCCCCGACUUCUGUCAGCGGGAGCCCCCUGUGCUCUUUGAGUGCAACCACGCCUGCUCGUGUUGGAGGACCUGCCGGAACAGAGUGGUGCAGAAUGGACUCAGAGUGCGGCUGCAGCUCUUCCGGACGAGGACGAUGGGCUGGGGCGUGAGAGCCAUGCAGGACGUCCCUCAGGGGACCUUCAUUUGCGAGUACGUGGGCGAGAUCAUCACAGACGCCGAGGCUGACAAGAGAGACGACGACUCCUUCCUCUUCACGCUGGACAACAAGGUGGGGGACGUUUACUGCGUCGACGCCCGGCUCUUUGGCAACAUCAGCCGAUUCAUCAACCACCUGUGCGAGCCCAACCUCCUGGCCGUCAGGGUCUUCACCAUGCACCAGGACCUGCGCUUCCCCCGGGUGGCCUUCUUCUCCAGCAGGGACAUCAAGAGUGGCGAGCAGCUGGGACUGGACUACGGAGAUAACUACUGGAAGGUGAAGAGGAAGUACUUCAGUUGUCAGUGCGGGUCGGUCCGGUGUCGCCACUCGUCCUCCAGCUGACCUCCCUCCAAAGGUUCCUCUCACCGACAUCACAGGUUUUUACUCUCACUCUCUUUCAGACGUGUUGUAGGAGGUCAGUUCACUUCAGAUACACAACUGUGAAUCACAUCAGCUCCGUCACUGUGACAACACUCUCCAUAGAUCAGCAUUUCACUUGCAGAUGGUGGAGAGUGUCCCCUCCUGGAGGGACCUCUUCAGGAGUCCUAACAUACAGUAGAUGAGUUUUAACUUUUUAACAAGCUAGUCUCUAAAUGGACUGAUGAUCACUUCAUCGACCUUCUGACAUGAAUGACCUGAAAUGACAUGAGGUCCCGGGGCCUGUGCACUGAUGCUCUUCAACACACAGGUGCUCCUUCAGGACUGGUGGCUCCCCAGUCUGGCUUUUAAGCUGUGCUCGAUGUUCGGCUGUUUUUGCUACGACUCUCCUCCCUUAAUAAACAAAGACCAAUGACUGACCGAUGUGUCGAUUAUGGAGCAAGUUUGUGUUCUCGUCAGAUACCACUUUUUUUUUUUCUUUCAUCCCUCUCUUGGAAGAUGUUCAUCAGGACUGAGAACUUCAUAGACCCACUGAGGAUCAUGGGAUGGGUGACACACCUGACACCUGUGUAACUCCAUGGAGCUUCUGCUCUACAGUAGUUCUGGGGAAUGUUCGUCACUGUGAGGGAGACGGACAUGUAUGUUCUUCAAGGAACAGCCACAGGUCCAGGGUCUGAACUCUGGAGGCAGAAUCUGUCAGAACCACCUUCCUCUGGAGCUGCUGUAACUCAAGUGAUGAUUCUUUUUUUUUGGAUGAAUGAAAGUGUGACAGUCACUGAGUCACUUUGGCUCCAUUUUUAAGGUUCUUUUAAACUGCUCUUCAUGAUGUUUAAUCUGGUGAAACCAGAGUAUCUGCCAUUUUUGUAGUCCUUUUUUAUUGCAAACAGACCCUUUUGAGUGAGCCUGCGAUUAUGACUGAGCAUGACUCUGUGAAUAAAACAUUUAUGUUUUUGAUGUGAAGCGACAUGUUUGUGCUUAACCGGCCUCAGUUUUAGAGAUGACGAGUGCACACUUCAAUGUCAAGUUAUGUGAGCCAUGGUGUGUGUCUCGGUUUAGCCUACGAGGACCAAUUCUUGGAAACAUGCUGACUUGUGAGGACAGUGCUUCAUGGGGAUAUUUUUGCGUUAAGCCUCAAGUUGAGGGUUAAAACAGGGUGGUUCUAACCAGGUUGAGUUUGGUUCCGACUCCUGGUUCAGGUGAGCCAUGUGUUUUGGAUGGUUAGGUUUGGGGGGGGAGGGUGGAGAACGGGUGAUGGCCAGUGUGUUUGUAUGUGUGUAUGAGAGAGAGCAACAGAGAGACCUAUGGUCAGACAGGUCUGUAGUUUUUGUCACCAGAGAGUCUUAUGAAAUAUUGAUGAGCUGUUCGCAAGUGUAGGUGACUGUUUACUAGAACACUUUCUAAUAAGUCAGACCUGAAAAUGCAUUUUUACACCGUGAUUUAAUCUCUAUUCUCACAGACAAGUGGACAGUCCUCCAAAUGAUGGCAUUAACCCUCCGAGUGCCAGCUUUUCCCCUGUUCUGUCUCUGAGAUCUCAUAUUUUAUGACUCUCAAAUGGCUUUUUGAUGACCACUGACUGUUAUUUCCAUUUUUCCUUUCCUGAAUUUGUACGUGGCUUUAAUAAAUAAAAUAAACUCAAUAUUCAGUUCUGUCUCUUGCUUUGAAAUCACACCAAUGUCCAGCUUUUCCAGCUGGAUGCAGGCGUGGCUUCACUUUAGAUCCCGAGAACGAGAAACAACUGUCUGAGCUUUUUGAGGCUCAACAUGUCUGGAGGGAAUCAAAUCCUUAAAAUGUGGUUCACAGACUGCUGGCGUUUCAUCCUGCGGGUUCUUGCCUGGUUUAAAAUGUGCCAGAAGUCAGUUCCGUCACCACCAGACUGACAUCCUUCAACACA